AUGUCUUACCCAAUGACCUCCCAGCCCCAGGCAAUGCAGGGCUACACUACCAGUAACAACCAAUGGAACUCCGAAGUUAUGGACUGUUGUGAAGACAUGGGCAUCUGCCUUUGUGGAGCAUUUGUCCCUUGCAUUUUGGCAUGCAGAGUAGCUUCAGACUACGGGGAGUGCUGCUGCUUGCCGUUUUUAGGAGGUGCCCUGCUGGCCAUGCGCACUGGCAUGAGAGAGCGCUACCACAUCCCGGGGUCUAUCUGCAAUGACUGCGUGUGCCUCACAUUCUGCGGACAGUGCACCCUCUGUCAGAUGGCGCGUGAGCUGAAGGCCAGGAACUGA